CGGCCCCACAUCCGCGUCCGGAGGCGCAGAUGGGCGGAGCCAGCUCGGCCCGCCGCGCCGGGGAUCCGCCGUCGCCCUCCUGCGGCCCGCGCUCUGCCAUGGCAAGCAUCGCGGACCUUCCCGAGGACGUGCUGGUGGAGCUGCUGUCGCUGCUGCCCGCCCGGGACCUGCUCCGCAGCUGCCGGCUGGUGUGCUCGCAGUGGCGCUACGUGGUGGACCUGACCACGCUGUGGAAGCGCAAGUGCCAGCGCGACGGGUUUUAUCGUCACAGCUUGGAGAGGAGCGUCUCUGACUGGAGGACCUUCUAUGUGCUCUGCCACUUGAAGAGAAACUUAAUCAAGAACCCUUGUGCUGAAGAGAACUUCCAGCACUGGAGACUUGAUAAGAAUGGAGGAGAUAGGUGGAAAAUUGAAGAUCUGCCUGGAGCUCAUGGAAAUGAUGUGCCUGACACCAGAGUACACAAAUACUUUGUCACUUCAUAUAGGCCAUGUUUCAAGUCUCAACUCAUUACCCUGGAAAAAGAAGGCUAUUGGAAUCAGCUGAUGGAUGAGGAACGGCCUGAAAUUACAGUCAAGGACUGGUACGCUGCCAGGUUUGACUGCGGGUGCCGCUACGAGCUCACCGUGAGGCUGCUCUCCACAAACCACGACGUCCUGGAGGAAUUCCAUCCCGAGCCAGUGGUCAUUGAGCAGUGGAGUGAUGCCAAGUGGAGAGAGGUUUCCCACACCUUCCGGAAUUACCCAGCAGGAGUUCGUUACAUCUGGUUCCAGCACGGGGGCCAGGACACCCAGUUCUGGGCAGGAUGGUAUGGGGUCCGUGUGACAAACAGCAGCAUCACCAUUGGGAUGUGAAGCACUGUGGAAGGGUUUGCUUUUACCUCAGGACUGUAACCAAGUGGCCCUGGGUGCACGAUCUGCCUGUGCUGUCUGGGUGUGUCCUAGCUUUGUCUUGCAGCUCUUGUUCACAGCAGAACUUCAGCAGGCCCAGCCCUUUGGAAUGGUGUUCUGUCUUCAUCUUCCAUUCUCUUCUACCAUGGAUGCUACUCCGAUUAUUAGUGCCCUUCCAGAGAA